AAUAAGACAAAUUGAUUUCCUGCUCUUGGGCAGAUCGCUUCGAGAGUUGAUCCAGCGAAUCACAUAAUUAUUAGUUUCGCUGUCGUGUAAUUAAUUUUUGUUGUCAACUCAGUUAAAAUAAAGACAUUAAUUAGAGAUGGCUUCUCUCUGGCUGUGGAUUCUUAUGUCGGCUAUUUCAAUAGUAAACGGAGAUAUUGAAGAUGAUUUUCGGGGACUUUAUGAAGUAUACGACGACUAUCAUCUCUUUCUUGGGCAUGUCAGUGAAACCACGCGGGAUGACUAUAACAUUGAAUCGGUCGGAAUGGAAUUCGACUGUCCAUCGUCUGUUUCACCAGAGAAACCUACAUCAGUCCACAAGCUCCGACCAGGUGAUAUCGAUGUGGUAGCUGGUAUAGGAGAUUCUCUUUCAACUGCAUAUGCCGCUGGAGCUCCUAUAUUUUUACCUGUGAUGCUCAACUAUUGGGGUGUAUCAGCGAGCAUUGGGGGUGACAAAAGUUUAUCUUCCGUUGGUACACUGCCUAAUAUCCUGAGGAAAUAUAAUCCUGAUAUUCUUGGUUAUUCUACGGGUGAAGGAAUCGUCUUUACUCAACCCAAGUCAAAAUCAUUCAACCAUGCUGUCGUCGGGGCUAAAGCAAAGGGCUUACCGAAGCAGGCACGUAAGCUAAUCGACGAUCUCCGAGCCCAUUCCGACGUCGAUAUGGAGAAUGAUUGGAAGUUUAUUACUCUGUUCAUAGGAGGUAACGACCUCUGUAGCGGAUGCAGAAAAGAAACAUCAGAGCCUCAGGAGUAUCUAGCUUUCAUCGAUGAAACAUUGCGUAUCUUGCAUGAUGAGGUCCCGCGAGCAAUAGUGAAUCUUGUGGGAGUCCUAAACGCCUAUAUCUUACCGGAAUUAGACGGUAGUCUUAAAUGUGAUCUUGUUCAUUCAAUUGUAUGCAGUUGUUUGCACAAAGAUGGAGGCAAAGAAGCCAUAUACGAACGAGCAAAAGAAUAUCAGAGGAUAGUACAAGAACAUAUUGAAAGUGGAAAGUUUGAUGAUAAAGAUGAUUUCACUGUGGUUUAUCAGCCUUUCUUCCAUGAGACGAGUAUCCCCAAACAUGCGGAUGGAUCACCGGAUAGUUCUUAUUUUGCUCCCGAUUGUUUUCAUCUAAGUCAAAAGGGACAGGCUGCACAGGCUACAGCUAAUUGGAAUGGACUGUUUGAACCGGUUGGAAGCAAGCGCUUAGAAUGGGUUCCAGGUGAAAAACUGAACUGCCCCUCUGAGGAAUUUCCGUACAUUUACACAAAUGUCAAUAGCAAGUCCGAUGGCCUACAACACGGUUAUUACCAGUCUGAUGUCAAUGAAAGCCCAAACCAAAAGCUCUCGAAGCAAACUGUCAUCAUUGUCGGAGUCAUAGGCGGGGUCAUGUUGGUCAUCAUCAUCGCUGCCAUUGUGGUUGGUAUCUCGAAGAAACCUAAUCGAUUGUCUUUAAAUGGCUCCUACCAACGUCUGUGAUAGCUUCUAUGGGAUGUGCAAUGUCAAGUUUGAUUGGAUCUUCCAUUACAACAUCGACGACUGCAACAUGACCAAGUCCCCUCUCCCUUUAUUCAAGACAUUAUUCUGAUAAAAACAUGGAAGUUGAUGAGGUGUGGUCAGGGGCGGAAAUCUCUCCCAAAAGGUAGGGGGGACAAGGGUCUGGAAAAUAUGACAAGUAAAAAAAAAAAAGGC